AUUAUGACUCUUUCACCAUCAAAGUAUCAACACCAUAUGACGAAACUGUUUAACCAUUGGAAACUUGGGUCAACAAUUAGUCCACAAUUAGUUUAUUCAUCAACAUCAUCUUCUCAUCGUGAAAAUUAUAAACACUUUGAGAAACUAUCAAAACCCCCGAAAAUAUUGAUAACAGGAAGUCUUGGUCAGCUUGGAACUGGAUUAGCUCGUAAAUUAAGGGAUAUCUAUGGUUCUAAUAAUAUUAUUAUGACGGAUAUUAUUCGAGCACCUGAUCAAGUAUUGAACAAAGGGCCUUACCUGUUUGCCGAUGUUCUGGACUUUAAGAAUCUUCAAGAAAUUAUCGUUAAUCAUCGUGUCGAUUGGCUGAUUCACUUUAGUGCUUUAUUAAGUGCAAUCGGUGAAAAUAAUGUUCCUUUAGCGAUGAGGAUAAAUGUUGAAGGUCUUCACAAUAUCAUGGAAUUGGCGAAACAAUAUAAGCUCAGGUUAUUUGUUCCAAGCACUAUCGGUGCUUUUGGACCUGAUUCACCGCGAAAUCCAACGCCCGAUGUUUGUGUUCAAAGGCCUAAAACAAUUUACGGUGUUUCCAAGGUUCACGCUGAGCUACUUGGAGAGUAUUAUAAUCAUAAGUUCGGUUUAGAUUUUCGUUGCCUUCGAUUCCCUGGUGUAAUAUCGGCUGAUACCGCGCCCGGAGGCGGAACAACCGAUUAUGCUGUUGAUAUUUUCCACAAGGCUUUGAAAUUUGGCCACUACAAGUGUUACCUUAAGCCGGACACUCGACUUCCAAUGAUUUACAUUGAUGAUUGUCUUCGAGCUCUAGUUGAGUUUAUGCAUGUUACCCCUGAGCAGCUUCCACGGCGGAUUUAUAAUAUAACCGCGAUGAGUUUCAGUCCACAGGAAUUAGUUCAGGCCAUAAGGAAAUAUAUUCCAGACCUGGAAGUCUCUUAUGAACCCGAUUCUCGUCAGCAAAUUGCGGAAAGUUGGCCUCAAGUCUUUGACGAUACCAAUGCUCGAAAUGAUUGGACUUGGAGACACCAAUUCGAUAUCGAUUGUCUAGUCCGAGAAAUGUUGACCAAAAUUUUGGAAACUGAAUCAAGUCCAUAUGUUGAUCGUAAUUCAUUAAUUGCUCAAUCAAACAAUUAAUUAUAAGAAUAACAAUUGAACAAUAAUGAGAAUUCAAUCGAAACUGAAAAUUAUCAUAAACAAAUUUACUAAUCACAAUUAUUUUCGUUAACCUAAUGAUCUUGUUUAUGUUUGGUCAAGAUAUUGACCAUUGUUAGAUUUACUUUCACUCUCUAAUUACUUAAUUACUCAACAAUUAGACAAUUUUUCGUCAUAAUUAAACAAAAUGAUUAUAAUCAGUUGAUUGUGGUGACUAUUUGAUUAACCAUAA